AAUACUAUUUAUUUAUCUUAUACGACACAACGUAAAUGGCACCAAUGGGGAAAAGUUAGUGCUUCGGUAGUUGAAUCUCAUCUCAUCUCAUCUAAUCUAAUCCCAAAUCCAUUGGGGGAAACCCAGUGCUUAUCCAUGUUCUCACUCGUUAGUUAGUUCUCACUUUCCAAAUCCCAAACCUUCCCAUCAACCUCAUUCAAACACACCAAAACAAAACGAAAAAAAACCCAAAAUGAGCGUUGUGAAUCUCAACGCAUGGGCACGCCCCAGCUUCAUUAUAAAUCAAGCCACGAAACCCAAAUCCUGGGUUCUGUUUCACGGCGUUAAUAACUCGCACCUUUCCACCGUUAUUAAACGGCGAAGGAGGGUGGCUUCGAUCUCGGUCUCCGCCGUUUUGACGAGAGAGGACGCCGUGGAAAUGGAAGAGAAACCGGCGUUCAACUUCGAGUCCUACAUGUUGAACAAAGCGGCCGCAGUGAACAAGGCCCUAGACGACGCCGUUUCGCUCCGCGACCCGCUGCGCAUCCACGAGGCCAUGCGCUACUCGCUCCUCGCCGGCGGGAAGCGCGUGCGCCCGGUGCUCUGCCUCGCCGCCUGCGAGCUCGUCGGCGGAGCGGAAACCACCGCGAUGGCCGCCGCCUGCGCCAUAGAGAUGAUCCACACCAUGUCGCUCAUCCACGACGACCUCCACUGCAUGGACAACGACGACCUCCGCCGCGGCAAGCCCACCAACCACAAGGUCUUCGGCGAGAACGUCGCUGUCCUCGCCGGUGACUCCCUCCUGGCCUUCGCCUUUGAGCACGUCGCAAUCGCCACUCCGGCGACCCCGACGAGCUCCUCGGUGCAGAUCAUCCGCGCGAUCGGCGAGCUCGCGCGGUGCAUCGGCACCGAGGCCCCCGGCCAGGUCGUCGACAUUAAUUGCGAGGGCCUGGCCGAUGUGGGACUCGACCGGCUGGAGUUCAUUCACAUCCACAAGACCGCCGCGCUCCUGGAGGGCGCGGUGGUCCUCGGCGCCAUCCUGGGCGGUGGCGCCGAUGAGGAGGUGGAGAAAUUGAGGAAGUUUGCUCAGUACAUAGGGUUGCUGUUUCAGGUUGUGGAUGAUAUUCUUGAUGUUACAAAGUCUUCCCAUGAAUUGGGGAAGACUGCAGGGAAGGACCUUGUGGCUGAUAAGGUUACUUACCCCAAGCUUUUGGGGCUUGAGAAAUCUAAGGAGUUUGCUGCGAAAUUGAACAAGGAUGCUCUGGCUCUGCUUGCUGGGUUUGACCCUGUUAAGGCUGCUCCUUUGAUUGCUUUAGCCAACUAUAUUGCUUAUAGGCAGAACUAGAGUCUCUUGGGUUGCGUCCGUAAUAAACAAUUGUUUUCUUAGGGAAAAUCUAGAUUUAUGAAAAAUAGUUGGACUUACAGUUACUUGUUGCUUGCAACUAGGGACUAUAAAAUGAUGCCCCUGUGCUUCUUAGUUGUCAUUUUAGUAUGAUGCAAAAAUAUUAAUUUGUCAUUAAAUAUUAUUUCUUUUUCAAGUUCGUUGACUUGCUCAUGCAAUUUGUUUUUCUUUUUUAUUCCGUGUGAAGUGAAGAAUUCUGGAACUUGAAGGUGUAUCAUGUCAUGAGUUGUGGCUUGUUGUAAGGUUUCCGUUUUUGUUCUCCUUGUUGAGAGUUUGCUAAUAAUCUGGUCUGGUGGAUGCUUUGUUGGGGAUAAUCGAACACUUUUUGUGUAAUUCUAUCUGGGUAUAUUCGAACA